ACAAGACCUUCUAAACUCUUUUCUAUAAUCUCAAUUUUAUCCCUGUAAUUAGGAACAACAAAUUUCCUUCUUCCUCAGUAUUUCACUCCAUCACCCACCUAUGGAUUCCACUUUACAUACCUCCAAUCCAUAAACCCUAUUAGUUAUUAAAAAAAAUCUCAUUUUUAUCUGUUUAUUUUUGUUAAGAUAUAUUUAUUAUUAUGUAUAGAUCGGGAGCUAUAAUGGCAUGGAACGUGUUCAGAUUUUGUACUGCCUUACGAGGUCUUGGUUCGAUAAUGAUCCUUUUAGUACUUGGUGUUGUUGGAGUUACUUAUUACGCUGUCGUUUUAACCAAUUAUGGUCCUUCCCUUGCUAGUAGUGCUGGUUUCCUUGAUGCUCUCAUCGCUCUUUCAGUACUUGUUAUAUUCCAUUGUCUGUUGGUGAUGCUUCUGUGGUGUUACUUUUCUGUUGUUUUUACUGAUCCUGGUAGUGUGCCUCCAAAUUGGAGGCCAGAGUUGGAUGAAGAAAGAGGGGAAGCUGAUCCGUUAACCACAUCAGAGUUCGGGGCUUCGCCAGCUGACUCAGGGAAUCCCGGAAUACGUUUUUGUAGAAAGUGCAGCCAGUUAAAACCUCCUCGGUGCCAUCACUGUUCUGUUUGUGGAAGGUGUGUGCUCAAGAUGGACCAUCAUUGUGUGUGGGUUGUCAAUUGCGUCGGAGCAUUAAACUACAAAUAUUUCCUUCUCUUCCUGUUUUAUACGUUCCUUGAGACUACUGUUGUCACUCUAUCAUUACUGCCACAAUUUAUUGCAUUCUUCAGUGAUGGAGAGAUACCUGGGACUCCGAGCACUCUUGCAACCACUUUCCUUGCUUUUGUCUUGAACCUUGCUUUUGCUUUGAGUGUUUUGGGAUUUCUGAUUAUGCACAUAUCAUUGGUGGCUGCUAAUACCACGACCAUUGAGGCAUAUGAGAAGAAGACCAGUCCUAAAUGGCGUUAUGAUCUUGGUCGGAAGAGGAACUUUGAACAGGUGUUUGGUAUGGACAAGCGGUAUUGGUUCAUUCCUGCUUACUCUGAAGAAGAUUUAAGACGGAUACCUGCUCUUCAUGGUCUUGAAUACCCGUCGAAGCCCGAUCUUGAUGCCCAAGAAUAAUAGUGAUGUGCAUACCAAACCUAAGUUUCAUCCUCUGUAACAAAAUAUAGAGUGCCUCGGCCUUUCAACUGAUUAACCGGCUUUAACUACAAGGGACGGGACCUUUGCAUCUACUUGCAUUAUGCAAAGCAACAACACAAGAAUAUGAUAGACUCUGAGCGGGCAAACAUCUUGUGGAUUGGAGCAAGGCCGGCAUUCCGUGAUAUGCAUUGAUAUGUCCAUUCCAUGAUUUUUAGAUAUCUAUGUGAAAUUGAGAUUUUGUAACAUAAAAAUGAUGCUGAUUUUUCACAUCUGAUAACAGUGUUUUUGUAAUUGAUUACUUGAUUAGAAAUGCAGAUUAGAUCUCUGAAGAUUCUCCACUCGAAAGUAUUGAUUUCUUGGUCAGGAAAAGGCAGAUCAAAUAUGUGGUGAUUGUUAUUAGCUUUCUUGUAAUGGUGACGUCUUAGCUUUCUUGUAAUGGUGACUUUGCCAUCUGAUUAGUUUAUUUGUCUUGUAAUGGUGACUUUGCCAUCUGGUUCAUU